AUGUGGAAGAGAACUGAUCCUCAAGCCAAGAUCAAAGCAGGAGAUAGGCCCCAGACUUGUCAUUCUCUGGCUCUGGGGUCAGCCACACAGACAACAUUGCCACACCCUCUAGAACUGUCAGACUUUCAGGGCUUCUCUGUGUUUGAGGACAUUAGCCAUCAAAUCAAAGAAGUAGGAGCCCAACUGGUAAAGAAAGUGAAUGCCAUCUUUCAGCUGGACAUCACCAAAGAUGGGAAGACCAUUCUGCAAUGGACCAUUGACCUCAAGAAUGGUUCUGGGGACAUGUACCUGGGAUCUGCCCAGCUUCCAGCAGACACUGUCUUCAUCAUUCCUGACUCUGUAUUCAUGGAGUUAGUUGUGGGUAAGAUGAACCCACAGAAGGCUUUUCUGGCUGGCAAGUUCAAAGUGAAAGGCAAAGUUUUCCUUAGCCAGAAGCUGGAGAAGAUCUUCAGAGACUGGGGCAAAUUUUAA